GGCGAAGAGGGACACACGCCGAGGUGAGGAGAAGGUCCGGAUGAAGAAGAAGCGGUCCCGACGGUUGGGGAAACAGAACCGUACGAACCUCCAUCGCGGCCGCAUCGUCGUCGCGUAUUCCUCCCCUUCACACGCGCGCACGAGGCGAAAAAAAAAGUACAAGGAAAAAAAAAACGACUCGUUAACGCAUCCCGAUCGCGAGCCCGAUUUUUCGACCGACGAAUUAGCGGUACUUGGAGAGCAAAAGGCCCAGCUUACAGCGACCAUGGUUUACGAGAGCGACUUCUACACAACCCGGCGACCCUACUCGCGGCCGCACGUCUCUUCCUACAGCGUCACGUAUCGACCUAUUACCAUCGUACCACUCUCCGACGUUAUCCAGUUCAGGACUGUUCAUGUGCCUCACAUGCCAUAUGUGGCACACAAGAGGCUCGUCACCAUAAUUCACUCGCCGGUCCGUCAUGUGUAUUACUCUGGUGCGAUGAUACCGAUAAGGGUGCGAGCACGCGUGCGGCCCAGCGUCCUCGCAGCUGAGCUCAACAGGAUACGCGAGCUGCCGAGGCCAUCUACCCGAUCCUACCUUGAGGACUACCUAAAUUCCCGAUACAACAUACUUUUCGACGAUGAGGCAAGGGAGAUUCGCGCGAGAGUGGAUUCUCUUCUUCGACGCGUCCACGUGUUCGUGCCAAGAGCAGUGGCAAGCGACUUCCUCGAAGAGAUCGUCCCGGAACGUAUGCGCAGCCACGACUACGUUCACCGACUGCUCACCGGCCGUAGCAACGCGAAGAGACAGGUCGAUUAUCUGAGCUGGUACGAGGUGCCCGACCGGGGCAACUUCGGCACCCUGGCGUGCAUCAAGUACGUCGCCGGCAAUCCACAGUCCAUCAGGAAGCCGUACUUCAAGGUCGCAGACCUUCGGCCGUCCGACAUCCGCAACGACGUCAACUUCCUCAGCUACUACAGCAAGAACCGUCAGGCGGCUGCGAAUGCCUCCCCUGGUCAGCCAAUGACAGAACGAGAGAUGCGAAAGGUACGUGCAUUAGGUUACGAUUCAACGACUCAGGAACAAAAAGCUCCCGCUCCAGAAUCAGAGCCAAAAUUAGAGAAGAAAGCGAAAAAGAAGUCGGAACCGAUACACGAACCGGAGCCGGAGCCGGUACCUGAACCCGAACCGAUGCCCGAACCAAUAAGAGAGCCCGAACCGGUACCUGAACCUGCGAAAGAACCAGAACCGGUUCCGGAACCCGUGAAACCGUCGAAACCGGUAAAGGGAUCAAAAUUGGCGAAAUCGGCAAAAUCUGCGAAAACGGUCGAACCUAAAGCAGAGCCUGCACCGGAACCGGAACCUGUGAAAGAACCAGAAAUUAUAAAGGAGCCGGAGCCGGAGCCGGAGCCGGAGCCGGAGCCUGAAUCUGUACAGGAGCCAGAACCGAUAAAGGAACCCGAGCCUGUUUCAGAGCCGGAACCGGAAGCGCCGGCUGAACCAGAAGCGCCAGCGGAACCGGAAAACGCGCCGACCGAAAGUACGGAGGCCGUAAGUGACGAGGCUGAGGAAGAAAAGGUGAAGCAUGACAAAGAAGAUGCCAAAAGAAGAGCUGAGGAGUUCCUUGCUAAAGCAGUUCGAGAAGCGCAAUCGGAAGAGGAGAGGAGGAGGGCCGCGGAAGAGGAACGCCUGCAACUCGAGAUGGAGGAGAAGAAAGCGUGGGAGGCACUGCAGCUUGCGCAGGAACGGAAAGCUGAGCUUUCCCAGAUACUGGAAAUCGAGCAGCAGGAAGCCGAGAGGAAGACGGAAGAAGCAAAGUUACAAGCUGAACGCGAGGAAACAGAGAGAAUAGAAGAGGAAGAAAGAUUAAUCAACCAGGAAAAGCUUAAUGCGCUCAUACAGGAACAGGAACGACAAAUAAUCGAGGAACAGCUCGAAGAAAUUCAAAAGCAGAAGCAGGAGCAGGAAGAGACGGAUGUCGCACAGCUUGCAGCCAGAGAAGAUCAAGACGUCAGCUGCGCCGAGGAUCAGGCGGAUCUUGGCGAAAUAACUGAUCAAGAGAGGGAGGAGAAACCUUGCGAUAUUACCACGGAUGACGAAGCACACGUCGAAGAAGAGAAUGUCCACGAGGAGGAGCAAGUCGAAGUGACCGAAGUUCCGUUUGUCGAAGAGCCGGAAGGAGCUGAGAGCAAGCCGCAAACGGGACCGAUGGCAACUGAGGAAGGACCACAGAUCGAGGAGGUUACUUCCGGUGAAGAAUUCGACUGGGGCGAUCAGGACGCGUCCUAAUUGUCUCGCGGGUAUCGACGGACCACGUUCCUUUAUUAUCACCGUUAAUGCUAGGAUUAAAAAAUGCGUCUAUCAUCCUGUCCACGAAUGUCAUUCAAUCCGUCAUCAUCGCCGAUCGGUCACAAAGCGAUCUUAAUUAAUUAUCUAUUUAUUAUAAUUUCCACUCUCUCUAUUUAUUUAUUCGUAAAAUGCACACUUCGCGUUCAGUGUUUCAUCAGUGCACAUUUUGCAAUCAAACUCACGCGUCACAUCGUGUUGAUCAUAUUAGAUAAGCUCGAUAUAUACGUGGAUCAAUGUAACUUUAAAAUCAUGAAAUUUCUCUCUGAUAGCUAUCUCUUUUUACUAGCUAAUCUCAGAAGAGCCAAUCAGAAACUUGCCAGUGGUCUCGUGCGAUCUGCGCCUAUUUAUUUCAUUACUGACCGCACACCUCUUUCACAUUAUAUUUCGCGUCGGAGAGCGGCAACCCGUAGAUCGAGUCUGACACGAGUAUCGAUUUCCGUUGGUCUGCCGGUGGUGGUGAUUCGUUUAUAGUCUCGGAUAGUAAUCGAGUAGAAAUAUCGCGACGUAUUUUAGCCAUCCAUUCGGCAGUCGUGCAGUCGAGCUGGCUUCGUCGUCGUCUAUUUUUACAGUAACAGCUUCGAAUUUCAGCCAUGAAAUUGGUUUGACUGCGAUUGUCCGAGCGAUCGAUCGAAAGGACGAGGAUUCCGGAAAUAAUCGCGAGCACGAGAAUUAGCAGCUAUCUUACGACUCUCGUCGCUCGGAAAGUGGCAGCCUUCUGAUAUAUUAGUAUUAUUAUUAAAAAGAUAUUAUGUAUGUUGUAAGAGUGUGGUAAUAAUAAGAAAAUAAUUCAAUAUCGAAACUUGCUUAGCGAUUUAACAGGUCGGAAAAGCCUUCAGCUUUUCCAGAAAGCGUCGAAAAAUCGUGGUGCUAGAAAUGAAACAGCCACAAGUAUAAUUUUUUUAAUUAACCGAACCCAAAACAUAAAUUUUUAAUGUUUUACAAAAUUUUUAUGAGAUUUUGACAUAAUAAAGCAAAACAAAUGCAAACACUUGCGCGAUAUGAAAAACAUGCAUAUUACCCUUUCAUAUUUCGAAAAACUGCCCGCUGUUUUUGCCGCAAAUUGAAAUUAAAAUUAGAUGUAAGGAAAGCUACACAAUCUGUAAGAUAAUCGACGUUGUGUGCUGUGUAUGAAUAAAACAGGAGGAUACUUAACAAGAUACUUAAUAAAUAACGAUUUUUAUUUA